AUGAAUAUACUAAAUAAUUUAGAGUCGGUUAAUAACAAUACCAGUUUGCUUUUAUCAGUCGCAAAAGAAUAUCUAAUUCAAAAUGGUCAAGAAUACGAAAUUUUAGAAUACCUAAGGUUCUAUAUUGUUUAUGAAUUACUUCAACAAAGGGAUUUUGACGAACUCGAUGGAUACAUAAAAAAACAUAUUUAUACAAAUUCAAUAUAUGAUAUAGAGCUAUUGAUUAAUUUUAUUUUUCAAUACUCGGUUGUACAUUUUUCAAUUGAAACACUCGACUAUUAUAUGCAAUUCAUAGAUCAAUUAGAUACAAAAGAAUUUCAUGAUUAUUUUUUACAGUGUCCAAUCCAACACCAUUAUUAUGAAAAAGAAAAAUUAAAUCAAACAAACCAAUCAAAUAUAAUAUUAUUUUUAGAAUAUUUAAUUUCAACAUUUAACAAUGGAGGAACGAAUAAUAUUUAUUUAAAAGCAGCUUUUUCUUUAAUAGUAAAACAUUUUAAAGGUGAAAUACUAGAGUUUAUUUUAAACUCAUUUAGAGGUAAUGGGGUUAUUAAAGAAGUUUAUUUAGAUUUGUUAUCGAGCUAUACCAAUUUGUCGAUAUUAGAUCACUUUGCAUCAGCUGGAGACGAUAAUAUGGAAUUAGAUUUCAAGAAAAUGAAAAUCUUUAUCGAUCACUUUGAUAUGGUUGAAGAUAUGGCCGUUAAUGAAGAUUUCAAAAUUGAAAUUUCAAAUAAACAUUGUGGUAAAUUUUUAAAUUUUUAUUUUCAAUAUGCCUAUGGAAAACUCUUUAAAGAAUUUGAUAGUUUUAUUGUUGAUUGUCUUAUAAGAUCAAGAUACUCAAGUAUUAAAGAGUCAAUAGAUAUAUAUAAUUCAAUCGAUAAAAAUAAUCUUUUAGUGUAUUCAGAGAAAUCACAUAUUCAUUCAACAAUAUUAUUAGAAAAUUUAUUAAAAUCAAUUAAAUUACAAGACAUCAAUUCAAUUAAUAAAAUAUUAACAGCAGUUAAUAAAUAUAAUAAUAAUUACAACAAUAAUCAUAAUAAUAGUCAUAAUAAUGUUAUUAAAAUACCAGACUCAUUUAAUAACUCAUUAGAAAUUAUCAACUAUUUAAGUUUAAAAGGAUAUUUAAACCACUUUAAAUUAAAAUAUAUCUUAGAUUGGAUUGAUCGACAUAUAAAUAAUGUACCUAAAGAAUUUAUCUUUAAUUUAAUACCCUCUAACAAAACUAAGCUAAUUAACUAUUAUAAUGAAAAAUAUUAUAAUAUAAUCACAAUUAAAUAUCAUAUUGAUCAAUCAGCAGGUUUAGAUAAUAUUUGUGACCCUUCAGAUAAAAUAUAUUAUAAUGAAAUUGCAAAUGUUCAAAAUAGUAAAAAUGCAAUCAACGCUUUAUAUAAUUGUUUUUAUGAAUCAGCAUAUAACUAUAUAAAUAAUAAUUUAGAUAAAUUUGCAGAAGAUUUUAAAAGCUUAAGUAAAGAAAAUGAUUAUCUUUAUAGAGUUUUCAAGUCCACAUUAAUCUUUGCACCUUACCAAUGGGUUAUCAAAUUCGAUCCAAUAUAUAAACAAAUUAUGAAAAAAAGUAUAUUUCUGGACUAUAUAUUUAAUAACUCAAACUAUAAAGAAAUCGAGCAUUUAUGGAACCAUCGAAUCGAGGAUAGAGAUAUAUUACUAGAUUAUCUAUUUGGAAUAAGUUAUUUGGAUCAAAAAGACCCCAGCGACUUUUAUGAAAAAAUCCCAUUAAUAGAAUACCUUUUUGACAAAAAGAAAGAAUUUUUGAUAGAUUAUUUUAAAAACCAUAAAGUAAUAUUCAGCGAAAAACAAUUGUUAUACAAGUUUAUUAUUUUUGGUAAUAUUAAGAUAUUCAAUCAACUAAAAUCAAUACUUAUCACUAUAAAUCAAGAUUUAGAAAUUUCUCUGGAUAUUCCUUUUAUAUUAAAAUUUUGUGAAUUAGAAUACAACUAUUUGUGUGAAAUACUGGAAUUUCUUCACACAAACCAAUUACUAUCAAAAAAAAGUAUAUUUUUAGAAAAUUAUAAUUUUAUUGAUCGUUAUUUAAUGGUGCCAUUCGAUGAUAAAAAUCACUAUGGAACUGGGGAAUUUUUUUUAGUAUGCAAAUCUGUUGUUGCUCUUAUAAAUACUUUAAACCUAUAG